AUGAAAUACUACGCCGUUCGUAAUGGUCGGUCGACUGGUGUCUUUAAUUCUUGGGAUGAGACCCGGCGGUCGACAAAUGGCUAUUCAGGAGCAGUUUUCAAAUCAUUUGCUACUCGUGAAGAAGCAAACGCAUUUGCAAAUGGCAGUUCAAGUAUAUCAACUGUUUAUUCGGCCCGGCCAGCCAGCAAUUAUGUGUCGAAUCAAUCCCGUGCCGAGACAACCUCCCGAAGCUCGAGAGGGCCCACAGUGUCGAGAAGUAGUCACUCGGGAGGUGGUCACGCGGGAAGUCACUCCGGAAGUAGUCACUCAGGGUCCAGAUCCGCUAAUAGAUCAAGUACCAGAUCCGAAGUGGUAUAUACAGAUGGAAGCUCUCGUGGAAAUGGCCAACCAGGAGCAGCUGCUGGAUAUGGAGUCUUUUACGGUGACAACGAUUCUCGCAAUGUCAGUGCUAAACUAAGCGGCGGACAACAAACUAAUCAGCGAGCAGAAUUGGCCGCUAUCGGACAUGCACUAAAAAAUGCUGUCAAAGAGGUUGACACUGGUAAACCACUUUCUUCGCUCAAGAUAGUCUCUGAUUCAGAAUAUUCCAAGAACUGCUUGUCAGUUUACGCAAACAAGUGGGAAAGAAAUAACUAUAAAACUGCUAGCGGUAAUCCUGUCCGGAACGACGAUCUCAUUCGUGAGGGCCGUAGGCAUCUGGCCCAUCUGCGUGAGAAGGGCGUAUCAGUGCAAAUAGAACAUGUCAAGGGCCAUUCUGGACACUAUGGAAAUGAACAGGCCGACCGACUCGCUAACCAAGGUGCAACUUCCAAGUAG